CUCCUCUCCAUCAGGAUCAGCGAUGCGCAUGCUGCGCGAGAAUUCCUCGGCUCUAGACUCUCAUUCCUUCACUGCGUUCUUCUGAGUUGCGUUAAUCUCAGAGCUGUAGGAAGCGAGGAAGAAUGGCCGCCAUGGCAGCUUUGGCGCAGCUCACUACCACGGCCAUCAGCUGCUCCUCCUCCUUCGCUCCUUCAACUAGCUUCGUCGGUACGAAGAAUGCGGGCUCCAUCAAUUCUCUCGGUGGAGGAUUGGCGUUACCGUCUCUGAAAGGACCUCGCUUUGGCGUUCGAAGAAGGCAAUCUUGCCAGGGACCUUCAGCCCUGUUCGACCGAGGCAACGGCACUGGAAACGACGGUGAGGCCAAGAAAGACGACAAGAAGAAGUUCAUAACGAAGGAGCAAGAACCUGAACAGUACUGGCAGACAGCGGAUGAAAGGGAUGGAAAGAACCCAAUGGCUUCACCUCUCCCUUACAUUUUGAUUCUAAGCAUUCUUUCUCCUUUUCUUAUAUUGGCCGUUGCUUUUGCCAACAACUGGAUCAAAGUUCCCAUUAGGUAAUGGAAGAGUGCUUAGCCCAGCGAAGUCGCGCUCCUGUGUAAAUUAUGCAUUCGCCGAUGAAGAGCUUUGUUAAGAGGUAAGAAUCUCGAUUCGUAGAUCCAAAAAUUAGCUGGAAUCUGCUCUUCGGAGCGAGAAUCAAGUGCCAAUGCCUUUCUUGGUGCCCGGGCUUUGGUGUGUACCAACAUUGUAACAAAUGAGUCUUGACAGUGACUGACCCAUGUUAGGAUGGCAUAAUGGCCUCAUCAAGCUUGUACAUCCGGGCCCUUCUUGAAUGUCUCAUCCUUCGAAGUUUCGAGUUGAAUAGUAUUUGUGCCGGAUGUCCUUCAAAUUGCUUGCCAUGAGAAAUUAAUCCUUUAGCUGAGGAGGAGAGUUGUUGUAGUCGAGAUGAAUUCGCCUAUUAAAAUUGCGAACUAUGUUACCGCUCUUUAAUUUUUUGUCAUCAUGUAAUAUUGAUGUGUUUCAAUAAUUAAAAACUUAUACAUC